AGAGAGAACUCAGCCUCAACGUUCUCAGCAGCAUAUACAUAAUACUGUGACCACUUCUUGUGGUCUUCUCUUCGACUCAGGUCGCGAAUAUUCUCUUGCUCCUUCACUGAAAACCCUUUUGCUUUUUUUUCUCCUCGACGCAACUCGCAGAUAUUCUCUCUCGCUGUAUUCCUCCAAGGACUAUCUAGUUAAAACGAUGAGUAUUGCACUGACUGAUAAUGAUCUGGUACGCAAUCGUCGCAAAAAUAACAAUCCGAGUACGGCGGGUAUCACAUAUUUAUCACCGACAUCCCCUGAAAUCUUGAAUGACGCACCCCAUCUCACCAAACUAUACUCUGUUUUGAACGAGUUGACUUUCUCCGAUGGUCUUUGUGGUGCAAACCUUCCCCGUACAAAAGAAUUCGUCACCUCUCCUAAUUGCACCUAUAUUCCUGAACCUCCCUUGGGCUCCACACGCGACCUAUAUCGUCGUCGUGACGCACGAUAUGGUCCAGAUGAUCCAAUUUCCUGGCCUCAACCAUUCAAUCCCCGAUAUCCGUUUUUCGCUGCUGUCACAAAGAAGCCAACUGGCGUAGUCCCGUUUGAGGAUUUUGUAAUGUGGAUGAAUCUACAGGAACAAGAUAUGGGUUUUACAGAGCAGGGGAGGGAGCGCAAAGAGGGAGUAGUGACAAAGCGUGUCUUGGAGCCUAUUGAGAACAAGAUAACAUUGCUUCGGCAACGGACUCGAGUGUUUCUCACUGAGGCCAGUAUAUCUAGCAGUGAACAUUUCUUAAUCCAAGAAAACAACGAUACUAUUGAUCUAUGCCUCACUUGCCUUCGCGGUAUUUCUUCUACCCUCCGAGUUCUACAAUGCGGGUUAAGCGAAUUACAGCGAGCGUGGCUUACUAUCGAAGCUAUUUUAGAUUUUCACCGGGACGUAAGGAAGAGGAAUGACAUGAACACAUCUGGACCUGCAUUUGUUCAGCACACAAAGAUGGGAUCCUUCGUCUGGGAUGACAAAGACGCCAGGAUGUUGUUUCUAGCUGGCCUUCCUGUCUUUUUCAUACGUCCGUGGUCGGCCUUUGACCGUCAAAUUAUCACAACAGUUGUAUCGUUGAAGAAACCCUUGCCUCCUCUGGUAGAAGUUGCGCCUGCAGAUCCUCCCUAUCCACCUCUUGUAACUACACAGGCUGGGUCUGACAUAAAGUUUUCGGUGAUUCGUUCAGCUACUGCCAACUGCUUCGAAACCGUGAGCCCUUUCCAGAAUAUGCACCUUCCUGGUGCCUAUGCUUCUUCUUAUGAACUUGCUCGAGGACGAAUCAUGGCACCGGCGGAAUCGCCAACAAGUACUAUUGCUAUUGCACAAUCGACUCCUGCAAAUGCACAAGGUACUCAUCGGUCUCGCCAUCAAGUUCCCAAAAGAGGGGGACGGAACCGCAAGCUUGCCACCAAUCCACCGAAAUCUCAACGCGACAUAUUUGCUGACCUUCCAAAUGACGAUCCGCGAGUUCCUCCGGCCAUACCUGGAUGGUACAAUGUAAAUAAGACCAUUCGUCAAGAGGGAAUCAAGGCGCAGAAAAAAUUGCUUCCUGCCCCAGACCCAGGUUUAUUCUUUGGCCUGGAAGACAAGACUCGUCAAUCGCCUUACUUCUACACCUGGGAACACAUUAGGCCUGCUUGGCUUGCUAUGUUACAGGCCGGUAAAUCCCCUCAAACUGUGGAUGUAUGGCGCAAGGUGCUUGCAUAUACCUUUAUCAAGCCUUUGGAAGAAGGGGUAGUCAUCACGCCAAAGACACAAGUUGCGUUGGAUGCUAAAAAUUUGGUCGAGCAGUCCAUCAAAUCAUAUGAUACAAGGAUGAGCUACAGGCCAAGGACUGUCGAAGGUGACUUUGAUAUUACUAGAAGCAGACAACUCAUUCGUGAGCUAUGCAUGGUUAAUUUUCGUUCAGAACUGCUGUACGUCGACGACCUACUGGACCAGAGCAGACCCCAGCCUAGUCCCAGCUUGUCUGUUGCCGAAUUAGAGGCAGCGACUGCAAAUCAUAAACGUAGUAGAAGGACACUCAUUAGCCACACCUUGCUCUUUGAUUCUUUGACCCCACAUGCCAGUGUAGAUCUAGGAUUAGCAGCCGUCAGCUGGAGCGAACGAUAUGCUGCUUUGAAGCAUUUCUGGACACUGAUGGAUACUUGGCCGAGAGAGAAGCCCGUAAUUUGGAGACGUGGUAUUGAAAUGGAUCUGACUAAACUUGCUUCAAUAGGAGUGGAAUGGGAGAGGAUCCUUGCUCAAUUUUAUGUUCAAAGUGCCUUUGACAUUCUUGGUCGUCCACCUUCUCUGCCUCGUCGAUUAUAGAUUUACUUGUUCAAUACAAAUUUAUUAACGUGCUACUUAUCUUGU